AUGAUGAUGUUGGAUUCAAAACAUCAUGAGUGGUUCUGUUUCAUGGUUUUCUUCUCUUUUUUGAUUGUUGCUAGCUCAGUUAAUGGAGUUGAUGUGCCUCAACCGUUGCGUUUUGAUAUUGGAGGAUUGAGAAAAGGGUUUCCUAAAGGGUUUGUGUUUGGUGUUGCAACUUCUGCUUAUCAAGUUGAGGGUAUGGCCAGCAAAGAUGGUCGUGGCCCUAGUAUUUGGGACGAGUUCAUCAAGAAACCAGGGAUUGUCGAAAAUAAUGGUACAGGAGAGGUUUCUGUUGAUCAGUAUCAUCGCUACAAAGAAGAUGUAGAUCUUAUGGCAAGGCUAAAUUUUGAUGCAUACCGUUUCUCAAUCUCAUGGUCCAGAAUUUUUCCAAAUGGAACUGGUAAAGUAAAUUGGAAAGGUGUUGCAUAUUACAACAGAUUAAUUGAUUACUUGAUAGAAAAAGGCAUUACUCCUUAUGCGAAUCUGUACCAUUAUGAUCUUCCUUUAGCUCUUGAGUUGAGAUAUAAUGGCUUAUUGAGCCAUAAUGUUGUGAAAGAUUUUGCAGAUUAUGCGGAUUUUUGUUUCAAGACAUUUGGAGAUAGAGUUAAGAAUUGGAUGACUUUUAAUGAACCGAGAGUUAUUGCGGCUCUUGGUUAUGAUAAUGGCCUUCAUGCCCCUGGAAGAUGUUCUAAAGAAUAUGGAAAUUGUACCGUUGGAAAUUCAGGAACUGAGCCUUACAUUGUUGCUCAUAAUUUGAUUUUGUCGCAUGCUGCUGCCGUUCAAAGAUACAGACAAAACUACCAAGAAAAGCAAAAGGGCAGGAUUGGAAUUUUGUUGGAUCUUGUUUGGUAUGAGCCUCUUACGAGAUCAAAGGCUGAUAACUAUGCUGCUCAAAGAGCUAGAGACUUUCAUAUUGGAUGGUUCAUUCAUCCCAUAGUUUAUGGUGAGUAUCCAAAAACCAUGCAAAAUAUUGUUGGGAAGAGACUCCCAAAGUUCACUAUAGAAGAAGUGAAAAUUGUGAAGGGUUCCAUUGAUUUUGUUGGUAUCAAUCAAUAUACUUCUUUCUACAUGUAUGAUCCUCAUCAAUCAAAACCAAAAGUUCCUGGCUAUCAAAGUGAUUGGAAUGUAGGAUUUGCUUAUGCUAAGAAUGGAGUACCUAUUGGACCAAGGGCAUAUUCAUCUUGGCUUUACAAUGUACCAAGUGGCAUGUACAAAUGCUUAAUGUACAUCAAGGAGCAUUAUGGAAACCCAACUGUGCUCUUAUCUGAAAAUGGUAUGGAUGAUCCGGGUAAUGUGACAUUUGCCAAAGGUUUGCAUGACACAACAAGGAUAGGAUAUUACAAAGGCUAUUUGAGUCAACUAAAGAAAGCUGUUGAUGAUGGAGCAAAUGUGGUUGGAUACCAUGCAUGGUCAUUACUUGAUAACUUUGAAUGGAGAUUAGGGUAUACAUCAAGGUUUGGUAUUGUCUAUGUUAACUUCAAAUCUCUCAAGAGAACCCCUAAGUUGUCAGCAUAUUGGUUCAAGAAACUACUCGCAAAGGUGUAUGUUUAA